UGGAAAAGACUAUUCGGACAAUCUCAGAAUGGACACGCCUUUAGAUGCUAGUCAGAGCUUUGAAAGUGCCACAGUCACUUUCUUCAUCAUCUUUCUACUUUGUUUCAUCUGCAUCUUCCUUUUACUGGCGUUUUUUAUAUAUAAAUGUUUCCAAGACAAAAAAGAUGAAGUGACGGGAAAGAGUCCUUGUGCAGAUGGAGGUGCCGACUGUUCACCUUCAGCUGCUGAUGAGGAGACAUACGAUGCAGGAGACCACGAAAAGAUCAUAGUGCAAAUCAUGGACUCAGAUGAACCAGUGAGGCCUGGCAUCCUUGUCCAGAGACAGAAUAAGGACACAUCCUUAGGAAGCACAGAGGACACGGAGACAGAGCAAGAGGACAAAACAAAAGGCAGGCAGGCUGGAGAAGUGAAUCAAAAGGGUGACAAUUUUAAUAAAACACUCAGAUCUUCAGUUACUGAAAGCCAAAAAAGACCCUUAAAAGGAGUGACGUUUUCUAAGGAGGUAAUUGUUGUGGAUCUGGGGAACGAACACCCUGCACCUCACAGAUACACUAUAAAACAUAAAGAAAGAACAAGAAGCACAAAACGCAAAAGAUAAAAAGAGACAUGGAACUGUUGACUAACAAUGGAGUGAGUGAGGGUACUAAGUCUGUCAAACAGCAAAAGACAAGAAUAGAAUUAAGCAAAUGCAGAUCUUUGGGCAGGAACAAGUGUGCCACCUGCGGAAUUUUGUAAGUGAAAUACUCAAGAGCUUGAGUAUAGUUUUUAAAAAACGGAAAUCUGAGUUCAAUAAAUGAUAAUACUUUGCCUACUCACUGUCCAAACAUGUAAAAUAAAGUUUUGUAUUUUGGUGCA